AUGGCGGGUGGGGACCCAACCGACUCGAGGGAGCUGGACGAGACACCCACCUGGGCAGUCGCCUCCGUCUGCACCGUGAUCGUCCUAAUCUCCAUAACCCUGGAGAAGCUUCUGCACCACAUUGGAAAGGUAAGAGUGAGGAGAGAGGGGGUCGAGUCUGUUGAGCUGUUUGCUAUUAUUAUGACUCAAUUCUUGGUAUCGAGGGCUCUCCAGACCUCCUCGAAAAAGUAGUGAUAACUUUCUUCACUCGGACACGUGAUUCUCGGCUGUUGAUUUCAGUGGUUCACAGAGAGGCGCAAGAAGUCGCUGUUCAAAGCUCUCGAGAAGGUCAAAGCUGGUACGAACUCUUCUCGUCCUACCCACAUCGCUGCUAUUCGGUUGAAGUCCCUGUUUGACCAUUUUCUUAGCCGAUCAAGUGGGUCAGCUUAGAUCUUCAACAGGAGCAGCCUCGUUCCAGUUUUGUUCUUUCCAAUUAGCUCUUGCGAAAGCCUGGAGAGGAAAUGAUAUGCUUUGCCUUCUCUUGCAGAGCUGAUGAUCCUUGGCUUCAUUUCCUUGUUGCUGACAUUUGGGCAGAGUUACAUCGCCAAAAUCUGCAUACCAGAGAAGGUUGCAGACACGAUGCUACCCUGUCGCCACAAGGAUGCCGACGAGACCGAGAAGAGCAGAGAACACCGAAGGGUCUUGUUUGAUUUUGUUCAGUCGAGCCGCAGAAUUUUAACUGGACCCAGCAGUGGCUCAUCUUGUCCGAAAGUGGGUGCAAACUGAUAGAAGUCUUGCGGAUUGUCUAAUUCUCUCUGCAUAUUUUUAAUCAGAAUCAGCUUAAAUUUGUAUCAGCAGGGUAAGGUUUCUCUUGUAUCAGUCCGUGGGAUCCAUCAAUUGCACAUCUUUGUGUUCUUCUUGGCGGUCUAUCAUGUCAUAUUCAGUGCAAUGACCAUGGCGCUUGGUAGGGCGAAGGUGAGUGCCUCACCAUGAUUGCCCUCCGAUAUCCAAAUUCUCAUUCCUUUAUGAAAAUAUACUCUGAAUACCGGGUCUGCACUACUUCAAUGCAGAUUCGUGGCUGGAAAGAGUGGGAGAGGGAGACCUCAUCAGUUGACUAUGGGUUUUCAAAUGGUACGUUGAAGAACCACAGAGAGACAGUUCAUGGCCCGUGUUUUAUAAUCCUUUAGAUUGAUGUGCGGAAGCCUUGCAGAUCCAACAAGAUUCAGAUUCGUCCACCAGACAUCCUUUGUGAGACAGUAUUUAAGUCAGUGGAAUAGGAUUCCGUUCUUGCUUUAUAUUGUAAGAAUCUUCAUCUCUUCGAAACAGGAAAAAAAAAAAAAAAGGAUCUUUUUCAGUGUUUUAUUACAUCGUUUUGUUCAUGGGCAGUAACAGCAUCACUCCUUUGGCAUCUGAAUGAAACGUUCCUACUGUUGUUUAUUUUAUUUUAUUUUAUUUAUUUACUUUAAAUAGGGUGUUAUCUGGUUCACACUUUUGCAGGUUAGCUUCUUCCGCCAGUUUUCUAGGUCAGUUCGCAAGGCAGAUUACCUGGCCAUGCGCCAUGGCUUCAUUUCUGUGAGUCCUCAACCAGCAGGAUGCAUGAUGCCAUCUCGCCCAUUAUUCUUCAUCCUCGUCUACUCCUCUGCCCUUGCAGACCCAUUUAGCUCCAACCAGUAGGUUUGACUUCCAGAAAUACAUCAAACGAUCCCUGGAGGAUGAUUUUGCAGUCGUCGUGGGAAUCAGGUACCCAAAUGGCCUCAUUUUUCCAAUUUACUGCCGUCAUUCUACGACCGUUCUGGUUUCUUCGGGAUAUCUAAGAAUUUCUUCUUCUUCUUCUUCUUCUUCUUCUUUUUAUCAGUUUUCAGAACCAAAAUUAUUUUUCAUUAGCCAUGUUUUUGCCAUUUAAGGUAAUCUUCCUCAUAUGGUCAUGGAUUUUAGAUCUCUCGUACAAAUGAUAGCCUGAUUCCUUCAUUUCUAUAAGUAGCCGCAUGUAUGCUGGUAUUUUAUUUUUAACAUGUAUCUUCAGCUCCUAUAUUUAAAAGAAUAUCAGCCUCCAUCGAUCUCAAUCUAAUCCCCUUUUCUUUACAUGCCUGGCCAGUCCAAUCCUGUGGGCUUCUGCGGUGGUGUUCUUGCUUCUAAAUGUCAGCGGUGAGAAAUGAGCACAUGAGUGAGAGAAUCAUGGAAUUUUUAACUCAUCAAACCCGGUAGAUCCAUUGGAGCUGGCCUCUCAGACACUCCUCCUGUUCCUCCUUUCAGGGUGGCAGACGCUCUUCUGGGUCUCCAUAGCUCCCCUUAUCGUAAGAACCCUAAAGAAUUGCUUUUUUCUGGUUUAUUUCACCUGAUGGUGAUGGCCCGUGAGCAGCUUCAUCUGAUGUAUAACACCAAAUAGAGCAGUUGAUCUUGGCAGUGGGGACAAAGCUGCAGGCUAUCAUCACCCAGAUGGCUCUUGAGAUACAGGAAAGACAUUUAAUCAUCCAAGGGAUCCCUCUUGUGCAGCUCACUGACCACCACUUCUGGUUUGGGCGGCCUGGCUUACUCUUGACCUUCAUCCACUUCACUCUGUUCCAGGUAUCUCCCAGGCUUUGCCACAUGGCAGGCUGCACCUACUCCAAGACCAUGCCCAGAUAAAAACUGGGUUGGGCCGGAUUGGGGCUUUUUUUAUUUCCAGGCAGAGGUGCAAAAAAUAAAAAUAAAAAUGACCAACCAUGAUAAUGCUUGAAAUGCUCGAAUAUUGGAAUAUUGAUGGAAUUUUUGUGCAGAAUGCGUUCCAGAUAACGUACUUCGUAUGGAUAUGGGUGAGAGGCGCUGCGCUCAUUCAGGGUUUUUUUUUUUUUUUUUUUUCUUAACCCUGAUCCAAGGAGAUGGGUUUUUCUUGUUCUCCGCUCGGAUUUGAUCUUGCCUGAGCAUUUCCCAUCUUGCAGUACGAGUUCGGUCUGAAAUCUUGCUUCAACGACAAUCUGAGGCUCAUCAUCGCGAGAUUAUGUCUUGGGUGAGGCUCAUUUCUAGAUGGGCAUUUUCUGACGGCAGCUCAGAGCAUAAAGAACCAUUUUUAUUUUAAAUUUGGGUGGUUUGAAUUCGGCACCGACCCCGUUGACUUCAUUCGUCCAUGAUCUUCUCCAGGGUGGGAGUCCAAUUCCUGUGUAGUUAUGUCACACUCCCUCUCUACGCCCUCGUAUCCCAGGUAUUCUUCCCCACUGAGCUCUCCUUCAGACUUGGGACUUGUAAAAUUGAGCUGAAACUAACUAAGAACACUAACAUCAUCACGAAAUUGAAGAAUCCGAUGGGUUUGUCCAUCAUGCUACAUCAGAUGAUAUCAUCCUCCUGAUUUCUCGGUAGCAGCAAUCCUGUGCAGGAAUUAUUAAUUGGGGAUUUUUUUUUCAACCUCAGAUGGGAUCUCACAUGAAGAGGUCAAUCUUUGACGAGUACACAGCCAAGGCCCUGAAGAAAUGGCAGCAGAGCGCGAAGAAGAGGCACAACAGCUCGUUGGUCAGCUCCGGCACGAACCCCCCGCCGAACCCGGAGGCCUCCCCAGCACGCCAGCUCCGCCGGUUGAAGACCACCGGGCACGCGACUGACGGCGGCGCCGCCUCUUCGAGGUGGCAACACCAAUCGGGCUGUUCCCUCUCCGACACUGAGGCCGACAGAUCUCCUCCAGUGGAGCCCAGCAGCCCCAAGGAGGACUCCUCAUCUGCUAAGCCCUCGACAAAAUCAGGGCCGGAUCUAAUCUGA